AUGGAUCUCAAGGAAAGCCAGAGAAAGAAGAAGAGCAUGAUGGAGUGGACAAUAUUGUUGCUGAAUUGCUUGGCCUUAUGCAUCGGCACCACUGCAGGGCCAUUGUCACUCAGGUUUUACUUCGUUCAUGGAGGGUCUAGUAGAUGGCUCUGUUCCUGGCUAGAGACUGCAGGGUGGCCCAUUCUCAUUCUGCCCCUCUGCAUAAUAUACAAAAGACAGCCAGAUGUUAAACAUGUUACUAUCUAUCAAUGUCUUGGUGCUUGUACAAUUGGGCUUAUCACGGCGGUGGAUGAUUAUAUGGAUGCUUGGGGGGUAUCAUAUCUGCCUCUCUCUACAUACUCCUUGUUGAAUGCCACUCAGCUGGCCUUCAAUGCAAUCUUUGCAUUUCUCUUGGUACGUCAGAGAUUCAGCCCUUAUUCAAUCAAUGCUGUAAUUUUGCUCACCCUGGGCUCUGUCUUGCUGGCCUUCCAAACCAAGAGUGACAAACCUAAAGAGAUCACAACCACAAAGUACAUAUUGGGUUUUCUUUUGACAAUUGGUGCAGCUGGGCUCUAUGGAUUAGUCCUUCCCAUCAUUGAACUUGUGUACAAGACAAGCAAGUGCAGAGUAACGUAUACUCUAGUAAUGGAGAUGCAGCUCAUAAUGUCAUUUUCUGCAACAGUGUUGUGCACAAUUGCCAUGGUAGUGAACAAGGAUUUCGAGACCGUUGCAAGUGAGGCGAAGGCAUCUGAUAUUGGGGAAGCUAAGUUCUACAUUGCUUUAGUAUGGAAUGCAAUCUCAUGGCAGCUCUUCUUCAUUGGGGUGUUUGGUGUCAUCUUUCUAACGUCAUCUCUGUUAAGUGGUAUCCUCAAAACUGUGUUUAUUCCAGUGACACAAUUAUUAGCAGUUAUUAUAUAUCAUGAGAAUUUCAGCGGGGAGAAAGGCAUUGCUCUUGUACUGGCGUUAUGGGGUUUUGCCUCAUAUUUAUAUGGAGAGUAUUUGAAAUCUAAACAGCCAGCCAAUGACACGGAGAUUAUUGGCCAUGACUCUGAAUUCUCAGGAAUCAAGGAAGAAAAGUCUUUGGAGGUGGCUGUUCAAGAGAAAAACUCUAAUGCUGAAAUUCCAUAA